CAUGUUCUUUAUAUAGGCCUAAUGUAUAAGAGCUCAUAACAAACUAUUAGGUGGAGGAACGAGUCAACGGACGGGUGUCGGUGGGGGCGCACGACUCUGUGGCCACCCCACCCGGUCGUUGGUUCCUCAACAAUGUCGACACAACUUGCCCAUUCUUGCAAGCAAACCCAGUGCGCAGGCCACGGAACCGGCAUAUAUAACGACGCGCCUCGCAGCUUGUCUGCCGAACGAACUAAGCUCGCCGAUCUGCUCAUACUCAAUUACCCAACUAUUCAUCCAAAACAAAGUCAUUUUGUUUGCGCCAUAUAUUCAGACCCAACUAUUCAUCCAAAAUAGCAAAUGGAGACCUCCAGGAAGCCUCACUUCGUGCUCGUCCCAUGGGUAGGAGGCGUCAGCCACAUCGUCCCCAUGUCGGACAUCGGCUGCCUCCUCGCGUCUCACGGAGCGUGCGUUACCAUCAUCACGACACCCGCCAGCGUGUCGAUUGUCCAGAGCCGCGUAGACCGUGCCAGCCGGCAAGGCGCGGUGAUCGCGGUCAGCGCGAUCCCCUUCCCAGCCGCCGAAGCCGGCCUGCCCGAAGGCUGCGAGAGGAUGGAACUAAUCCCGUCGCCCGCCAUGGUGCCAAGCUUCUUCAAAGCCAACAAGCGGUUCGGCGAGGCGGUGGCUCGGUACUGCCGUCAGCAGGAUGCCGCCCGGCGACCGAGCUGCGUCAUCGCCGGGACGUGCCACACGUGGACGCUGCCCAUGGCGCGUGACCUCGGCGUGCCAUGCUACAUCUUCCACGGCUUCGGCGCGUUCGCCUUGCUGUGCGUGGAGCAUCUCUACAAGCAAGGCCGGCAUGAGGCGAUCGCGUCCGCGGACGAGCCCGUCGACAUCUCGGUGCUGCCGCAGCCGUUCGAGUGCAAGAUCCUGGGCAGGCAGCUGCCGCUGCAGUUCUUGCCAUCGAUGUCCGUGGGGAGCGGGCUCAUGCAGGAGAUCCGGGAGUUCGACGUUGCCGUGGACGGCAUCGUGGUGAACAGCUUCGACGAGCUGGAGCACGGCUCCACGGCGCUCCUGGAAGCCGCCGCGGGCAAGAGAGUUGUCGCCGUGGGGCCUGUCUCCCUGUGCUGUGGGGCGCCUAGCCUCGACCCCCCGCGGCGCGAUGACGACGCGAGGCGGUGCAUGGCGUGGCUGGAUGCCAAGAAGGCCGGGUCCGUGGUGUACGUGAGCUUCGGCAGCGCCGGGUGCAUACCCCCCGCGCAGCUCCUGCAGCUCGGCAUGGCCCUGGUCUCUUGCCCGUGGCCUGUCAUGUGGGUUCUCAGGGGCGCCGACUCGUUGCCCGACGACGUCAAGGAGUGGCUACGCGAGAAUACCGACGCGGACGGCAAGUGCCUUGUGGUGCGUGGGUGGGCGCCGCAGGUGGCCAUCCUCGAGCACCCGGCAGUGGGCGGAUUCAUGACCCACUGUGGAUGGGGAUCGACCCUGGAGAGCGUUGCCGCCGGGGUGCCCAUGGUCACCUGGCCUCUGUUCGCCGAGCAAUUCGUCAAUGAGAAGCUGAUCGUGGACGUGCUCGGCAUCGGGGUGUCUGUUGGCGUGACGAAACCAACGGAGAACGUCCUCACCGCUGGUAAACUUGGCAGCGGCGAGGCGAUGGCGGCGGAAGUGGGGGCGGAACAGGUGAAGCGCGCUCUGGAGAGGCUCAUGGAUGGAGGGAGCGAAGGGGAGGAAAUGAGGAGGAAGGCUCUGGAGUUAAAGGAGAAAGCAAACGUUGCUUUGCAGGAGGGGGGUUCGUCCUACAGCAAUCUGGAGAAAUUGAUCGAAUCUUCCGUUUAAAAAUACGGUUGGUUCGUAGUACCUUGUGAGUUUAGAAUAGAUUCAAUUUCAUGGCAUGGAUUGUUCUUGCUGCUUGCAGUAUAUGCCCAUGAACUGAUGAAAGAACGCCUAAAAUUUCUGAUUCUAGUGUCACGUCCACGUCUUGACUUUGUGUACUGACUAAGGGUGAAAUUGGUUUGGAUAAUUAUUUGACCAAAACCUUUUCAAAUCCGGUAUAGGACGUGGAAAGUACAAUUUGUCCAGAUAUGGAUGUAUCUAUUUCAAAAAAAUGUCUAGAUACAUGUAAUAUUUCAACAACAAUUUAGUA